GGAUGGAGGCCUGAGACGACGUGGGGCGGGGCCGCGGCGACGUGGGGCGGGGCUUGAGGCGGCGCGGGGCGGGACCUGCGGAGGAAGCGCCGGACGGCUCUGGUGAGGGAAAACUGUGGCCUCAUCAUGGACCCCGAAUGCUCCCGCCUUCUUCCGGCUCUCUGUGCUGUUCUGGCAGAUCCCAGCCAGGCGGUGGCAGAUGACACCUGUUUGGAGAAGCUGCUGGACUGGUUUAAAACGGUGACCGAGGCUGGGUCCAGCCUGCUGCUGCUGCAGGAGAACCCUUGCCUGGUGGACCUGCUGUCCCAUGUGCUGGACCUGAAGCCACAGGACGUGAGCCCCAGGGUCCUCUCGUUUUCUCUGUGCCUGGCUGGAACAUUUGCAGCCCAGGAAGACUGCUUUGAGUACCUCCAGCAGGGACAAUUGUUGCUGGGGCUCUUUGGGGAGGCAGGACCCCUCAGCUGGGCUGCCUGGAGUGUCCCCACUGUACGCAGUGGCUGGAUCCGGGGCCUGAGAUCUCUGGCACGACACCCUAGUGGCCUGCACUUCCUGGGGGACAGUGGUGCGCUUGAUGCCCUCUUCUCCCUGCAGGGAGACUCCAGCCUGUUUGUGGCCUCUGCUGCCAGUCAGCUCCUGGUGCAUGUCCUGGCUUUGUCCAUGCAAGGCAAGGCCGCAGGGUCCCCUAGCCCACAGGGCAGUGCCUGGCCCACCUGCGCCCAGAAGAUUGUGGACCAUGUGGAAGCGUGCUUGUGUUCCACAGCUGCCCCGCAAGUCACUCAGGCCCUGAACGUCCUCACCACCACCUUUGGGCGCUGCCACAGCCCCUGGACCGAGGUCCUCUGGGGGCAGCUGAGUCCCCUGGUAGCCCACCUGCUGGAGAGUGACCCCAUUCCAGCCGCACACUCGCUGGUGGACCUCCUCCUCAGUGUGGCCCGGUCAGGUCCCCGGGACAUGGCGGUGGGGGGCCCAAGUUCUCCUGUGUUUGCUUCUGCAGACUGUGGCCUGUGGGAGACUAUGGCCCGGAUGCUGAGCUGUCUGAGCCCCACACAAGCUGGGCCUCUGGCCUUAGGGACCCUGAAAGUUCAGCACUGUCCACAGGCACUGAAAUCCCAGGCCUUCAAGAUCCUCCUGCAGCCCCUGGUCUGCAUCCUGAGAGCCACUGCUCAGGCCCCUGGACCCCCAGGCCUACUGGAUGAGACCACUGAGGGCGGCUCCAUGACGGUGGACACACUCCUGUCCUCCAAGUCGGCCUGUGUGGGGCUCCUGUGCCAGACCCUGGCCCAUCUGGAGGAGCUGCAGCCGCUGCCUCAGCGCCCCUUGCCCUGGCCCCAGACACUCCUAGUGGAAGCCGCAGUGAUCGUCCUGCAGCUCUGUGAUGGCUUGGCAGCCCCCAGCUCCAGUGAGGGGGGCCGCCUCUGUGGGGCCCUGGCAGGCUGCGUUCGAGUCCAGCGAGCAGCCCUUGACUUCCUGGGGACACUGUCUCAGGGAACAAGCUCCUGGGAGCUGAUGCCGCAGGUGUUCGCUGUCCUCUUGGAGACCCUCGAGAGCCCCGCCUCCAGCCCAACGGUUCUGAAGAAGGCCUUUCAGGCCACACUCAGGUGGCUGCUGGACUCCCCCUCACCCCCUACCUGUUUGAACCUUGGCCCACAUGCCCCACUCUUCCUCAAAGAGCUAUUCCCUGUGCUGCAGAAGCGCCUGUGCAGCCCCUGCUGGGAGGUGAGGGACUCAGCGCUGGAGUUCCUGACGCAUCUGACCGCCUGCUGGGGAGGAGAGGCUGACUUCAGGGAGGUGCUCCUUGCUUCCGAGGUACCCAAGCUUACCUGGCAGCUCCUCCGAGACCCUGAGAGCUACGUCCGUGCAAGCGCAGUGACCGCCAUGGGGCAGCUCUCCAGCCAGGGCCUGCAGGCUGCCUCUGAAAGCUCUGGGCAUCCAGAAGGCCAGCAGGGCCUGGUCGGGGAGCUCCUGCAUAUCCUGUCCGUGGACUCAGAGGGCUUCCCGCGAAGGGCGGUUGCUCGAGUCUUCACUGAGUGGCUGAGGGACAGCCAUGCAGAUGUGACCCGGGACACACAGUGGUUUGUAGCUACCGUGCUCCAGAUGGUGAGCCGGGACCUGGACUGGGAAGUCCGGGCACAGGGGCUAGAGCUGGUGCAGGUGUUCCUGGCCCAGACACUGGGGCAGCCCAACCCCAACUGUCCCUAUGCGGUAACCCUGCCCAAGGUCACCCCUCCCAGCCCCCUCCCUGAGGUGCUGCGGACUCUCUGCCAGCUGCACAUCUUUGACUUUGUCUUUCGUGCUUUGUUUGACUGUGAUCGACCGGUGGCCCAAAAGGCUUGUGACCUGCUCCUCUUUCUGAAGGACAAGACUGCUCCCUGCCGGGGCCUGCAGGAGCCUGGGGAUAGCUCUGAUGUGACAUCUGUGGAGGCCACCCUACAGAGGUGGCAGGCGGGCGAGCAGGGCGAGCCCCUGGGCAACCUGGAGCCCGAGGAGGUGCUGGCUGCCUUGAGGUCCAUGGACCUGAAGGGCCUCCAGAGCAGGCUGGCUGAGAGCAGCGACCACGUGGAGAAGAGCCCCCAGUCGCUCCUGCAAGAUGUGCUGGCCACGGUGGCCGUGCUGGAGGAGAACGUGGCUGACUGCUACUGAAGCCGUGUGCCUUCGGGCUCCGGCCAGCACUGGCUGCACAAGGGACACCCCUCAACAGAUUAGAAAACCUCACAUUUUGACGAAUUAUUAAAAAAAAACCUCAUUUUCUAUGUAAAACAUUCCAAAUCAAUUUUGCUUGUGGCUUAAGCCCAAGUUAGGGUUCUAUUCUGCCCAUGGCUGUCAACUUCCCCGCUUCCUGUUCACAGAGGAGCCCACCUCACCUCACUAUGUGUGCUCUGUGUGCCCCCUUGGUGGAUCUGUGACCCCUCAGAGAAGGUUCCCUGCUUGCCUCCUGCUGUAUGUGUCUGUCUUCAUCCCACACUGACAGAGUUGCCCUAGCUCCAUAGUAGACAGUGACGUCAGGCAGUAUGAUGCCUGCGGCUUCUGCUUUUCUUCCUCAGAAUUGCUUUAUUUUUGGGGUCUUUUGUACUGCCAUAUGAACUUUGGGGUUGCUCUUUCUGUUGCUGUUAAAAUACACUGAGAUUUUGGUAGAAAUGACAUUGAGUCCAUGGGACACUUGGGAGAGUAUGGCCAUUUUGACACCAUCACUGAUCGCAACCCUGGAACUCAGGGUAUUUUUAAUAUAUUUGGGUCAUAUUGGUUUCCUUCAUCCAUGUCUCAGCAUUUUCAAUGUGCAGGAUUUUCAUCUCCUUAAAUUUAUUCCUAAAUACUUUAUUCUUUUUUCUUUGUGUGUGUGUGUGUAUGUUAAUGGGGAUUGAAAUCACAGGUAAUCUACCACUGCAAUGCAGCCCCAGCCCUUUGUAUUUUUUAUUU